CUGCCCUUGAGACCGUAGCUAUGAAAGGAGGCAAUAAUCUCUCCUUUCUUCCACUCUGCCUUGUGGGUUUAAAUCACUAGAAGGUUACCCGGCGUUGCCCGGGACCAGUGAAAUUACUCCUGACCUAUAGCAGGGUAAGUGUGAGGAGAUCCAUGGCUCAAUCGUGGCUCUCACCUCUGUACGCUAGUGACUUCCAUGGAGUUACACUUAGAGGAGGGUUAGGCCCAUAACAGCUACGUCUGUUGGAAGAGCAAUGACUUUCCUGGCUAUGUGGAAAGGAAGAACAAUGGCACCGUCUGAUUUCAGAUCUCCUCCCUGACCGGAUCGAGAAGAGCCAGCCAGCGCAGCCACAUGCAGCUCUGGGCUCAUGUCCAUAAGCUACAGAAAAAGCUCCAGGAAUCCAAACUGGCUUCUGAUGCAGAAGAUGAGAUUUUCAGAAAGAUGAAACAGCGAAUCCGAGAACUGGAGGAAUCAAUAAAAGAAUACGAGGCAGUAAUCCAGGUUCUUCAGGAUAAAGAGAAGUCUCUUCAGGACCAGCUCUCGGCUGCUGAGGAAAAGACUCGAACUCUCCCAAAGAAAGCUAGUAACAUCCUGAACAUUAACCCCAAAAGCCUGAUGUCUGAAAUAGUCAAAGCUGAGCUGGAAGACAAAAUACGAGGCAAAGGGAAGAAGCAAAGGAAGCACUUUUUUGGUGGUAGGCUGAACCCCAAGUGGAUUCUGGUUGUGUUGUGGCACCUGACGGGCAUGCUGCUGGCCAUCCUCCUGGCUGCCACCCUAGUCACCCUCUUUGUGCUCUGGACCUGCGUCUCAGAGCACACCGUGACAGAGGCCUAUCACCAACCGAUCUGGCAGUUUCUGGACUAUUACCUCUGGCCUCAUAUGAAACUGCACAGUUCUGGCAUGUUACCCAAGUAACCCCUUUGCAGAACCUAUGGAUGACUGCGAGUGUAUUCGCAGCAAAGCCCUGUCAUUCUACAGCCAACCGCCCGGCCUUGGAGACAGCUAUUUCCCUCAGACAGUUUGUGAUCUGCAACGCCCCGAGCUCUAAUUCGACACUGUC